AUGGAGCCGGUACUCAUCAAGGAUAUGCCUUCGACCUCCAAGCAGCUACCACAUGUACCCACGGAGACGACGACCACCAGCGGCGGACAGAGAGUGGCUGUCUUAUUUGAUUCGACGCUCGCCGCUUACCUCAUGAUGGGAAACUUGUCCCCAGAUCUCAAGAGUCACGCGGUCACAUUAUUUGAAGUCGGUAAACUGUGCGAUGAAAGUCUGGACAGUCUGCUUAUGGAGCUGGAUAAGGUCGUCGCAGAUCCAGAGAUCGAGGGUGAAGCGCGACGGUACCUCGCGGCGGCCGCGUGCCUCCGGAUAGCGCUGAGGACGCUGCGGCCCAAACUCCGUCCGUUGGACUUGUUGCGAUGUGAAGCGCUGCAUGCGCUCGAUGCGCCAGCGCGGGCGAGACUGCUCGCUACGAAAUAUAGACUAGCGAUAUCGACGGCACCCUUGAGCCGCGAGGCUAGAGCGGGCUCGGCCGCGUGCUCCCUGGCGCACGUGGGUCCCGCGCCGCCCGAGGCCUCUUCGCCCUGGAUGAGGCUCUACUUGUACCACGUGGCGGGCUACGGACCCCCUACGCUGCUGGUCACUAAGGGAACGGUUCUCCGCGGAGUGCCCAGAUGUCUCCUCGGCUUCUCGCGGCUGGCCGUGUCUUGGUGGACGGCGGAAUCCGAAGCCGCCGCUCUGCCGGCUGCCGCCGCAUUAGCGGCAGCCAACUCGGCUCUCCGUCGGGGCCCCGUGCUGCUGCAGGCGGCCGGAGUUAGGGCCCCGCCGCACGUGGCGUAUCUGGCCUUCCCACCGGCUUCCAUGGAUGACGCUGAAGAUCAUCAAUGCCUAUGGCGUAAGCACGGUGGGCUUAGGCGCCUCAUGCGAAGAUUGCGUCUCACGCGCACUGCGGGGUACGUGACGCUGGCCGAUAUCGGAGUGCCUGACCUCGGCUGUGCGAGACCUCCCUCCACCGUACAACUUAUUCAAAGUCGGAAGAAAAAGGAUAUAUGCGGCAUGGCCAAACCAGUCAGCGAACUAUCUCUAUCCUCUAACGAAUCCUGCGAAAAGACCACAGAGUUCAAAGCCAUAAACAAUAGACUACAGUCGCCCAUAGAAUCCCACUUUGCCGUCACGCCGACCACUGACAGCAAAACCGGCUCCCCCGCCAACGGUUUCACGAGCGCCGAAGGCGGGAAAUUAUUAUGUGAAGAGUUAGACAGUCUAAACGUGGACACCCACAGAAGCAAAGAGUCCAUCGCGGGCAGCGAUGAUUUUGUACCCAUACAUUCCACUUCGACCAGCAUAGAAGACUUAAAACAUUCCAAAAUGUCGAUUAGCAAAGAGUCCAUCACGGACGAUCUGAUUCCGAUACAUUCCGGAACGCCCAGCGUCGAGAAUCUGAAGUUUGACAAAAAGGAAGAGAAGUCGGUCGAUCUGUUGAGUCCGGCGGAGGAAUCGGUGUCUAUGUUCACUCAGUUGAGCAACAAGUUGACGGAGAUAAGCGGAGAGGGCGACAGCGGCGUCGACACGGCACACAAUUGUUCCGAUGACGAGACUUGUAAACCCGAGCGAUGGACCAUUCUUGACCUUCAGUUCGGUAUACCUCUGUUCGAUGAAGCGUUGUGUGAAAAGGUCUCUCAGAGCAUUGUGGACAGGAUAGCGAAACCAGAAUUAUUAGAAAAAAUAAAAGAAGACAAUGAAUUUAUAAGAGGAGACUUAUUAAAAUUUGUGUCCCAAUGUCAGUACUAUCCUGGUGAAGAUAUGGGCAUUGUGAAGAGAGGGACCUUGGUUCCUUUGCCGAGAAAGAACCUAGUUUUUGAAAACGGCCGAAUCAGCGAAUGGAGUGGAAAGUGA